AUGACGACACUGCGAGCGACCAAUUCCUCAGAGUCUUCUGAAAAUCACACUCAAGACGAGGAACAACGCGAUGGCUCAGAUGUAACGGAAACUGGGGACUCGAGAAGAAAAUCAGAUAAAAGUGAAAAUACUUGUCUGUCAAGCACAGCUACCACAGUUACGUCUGCAAUGGCUUCUCAAUGGCUGAAUCAUAUGAAGCGAACAUUCAAGAGACAUGCGAUUGCACUUUCUGAAGAGCAACAAGUGAUUCUCAAAAAGAUGAUUAAUGAUGAAUUAUACCCACAACAUGCUUCACCUGAGGUUCCUAUACGCGACAUUAUGAUGCUGUAUAGUCGAGGCCUAGAAGCACUUCAUGACGGACGUUAUCGGGAGACCUUCGAUCGUAUCCGGCCGUGUAUUCCAUACCUGAACACGAAUGUUCUGGUUUGGAUCCGAAUCUCAGAAUCACUCAUUUUUGAGUUCUAUGAGGAAGUUUGGGAGUUCACUGAUAUUUACACACGACUGUUCGAGAGAUGCCCGCGCAGAUAUCUUCCAUCCAUCCGUCGGCGGUGUAAUGAACUUAGGCAACGACAUGAGGAUAUGACCAUACAAUAUGCUGAACUUGCUACCUUAAUGAUGUUUUCAUUGGCGAAAUACUCUAUCCGAGAGCCUGUCCACUUUGCUGCGGCUUCUAUUCGAGGAUUCUUAUUACUGAAACUAAAGAAAUAUGCAGAGGCGAUAGAAGUUGUUGACUUCGUGAUAACGAAAUAUGACAGACCAGACGAAUGGAAAGACAACUUAUCUACCCUAAUAACCUAUAAAGCCGAAGGAAUGCUAGGAAUAGGCCGAUAUAAUCGAGCUAUCGAAUAUUGCCUGCGGAUCAUAAAGGAAACAAAAAGUUGUCGGGCGAAACAUCGUGCUAUCAUGCUCAUUGCAAUGGCGUAUAUGCGGAAAAGCAACUUUAAAAAAGCUCAUGAAUACGUCCUCAUGCUUCUGAAGGAAGAUAAACUCGAUGAAAAUAUGAUGGAAAAUGUAGCUCUUCUUGGACUUAACUUGGCUCAUUUGAUGGGAAAUAGAGAAUUGUUCAAAAAGUUCGAAGAGAUGCUCCAACGAAUCGUUUAUUAA